AUGGUUGAUAACGCGAGGAAAGCAUACUUCAUGGGGAUUCCCAUGAAGCACGUCUCCCUUGUCACCCUCACAUUUCAAAAUUCGGCGCUGAUAUUGAUCAUGCACUAUUCACGGAUUAUGCCUUCGUCUCCUGGUGGCCGAUACCUUACCUCUACCGCAGUCCUUAUGAAUGAAGUCAUCAAAUUUCUCAUCUGUUCUCUUGUCGCCCUUCAUGAUCAGUCCAACCGGGAUGGUCCGCAUACAAGCUGGUUCGCAACUGCUACAACCGUUUACAAUGAAGUGUUCAAAACCGAUAGUUGGAAACUUGCUAUCCCGGCGGCACUGUACACCUUGCAGAACAGUCUGCAAUAUGUGGCGGUCUCCAAUCUCGAUGCGGCAACUUUCCAGGUGACAUAUCAACUCAAAAUCCUUACCACAGCCUUGUUCAGCGUUAGCAUGCUUGGUCGUAAACUGUCUGCUCGGCGAUGGGUCUCUUUGGUCCUGUUAACCCUUGGGGUGGCUAUCGUCCAACUCCCGUCACCCGGCCCGGACGCAUCUGGUGAAGGGGCAAAAUCAACUUUGAAAGCUAUUCGUGAUCUUAUCGAGAAUAGGUCCGCUACCUACGACGGCAUUCACAAGGAUAACGAUCCAGCCUCGCAAAUGAAUCGAUCUCUUGGUCUAUCGGCAGUUAUCGUUGCGUGUACUAUCUCCGGAUUGGCUGGUGUCUACUUCGAAAAGGUCCUGAAAGGCAAUUCGGCGACUCUUUGGGUUCGGAACAUUCAGUUGUCCUUUUAUUCCUUAUUUCCGGCUUUCUUUAUUGGGGUUGCUUGGAAGGAUGGAGCUGAAAUUGCAAGACGGGGUUUCUUCGAUGGCUACAAUGGAGUUGUAUGGACAGCUAUUGGCUUCCAAGCGCUCGGAGGUAUCGUUGUCGCCUUGUGUGUCAACUAUGCCGACAAUAUCGCGAAGAAUUUCGCCACGAGUAUCAGUAUUAUAUUAAGCUGUGUCGCCAGUAUUUACUUUUUCGAUUUUCAACUUUCCAUGCAGUUCCUCAUUGGUUCCAUGGUCGUUCUCUUCGCGACCUACCUCUACUCCAGAACCGAUGACUCCAAACAACCAGUAUACGUCCCUUUAGAGAAAACGACGACGGAGCCAAUCUACCCUCCUCCGGAGCAGAAGCCGAGGCUUGAGAGAGUCGGUUCGUUGCGAAUGAAUCUUGCCCCUUCAACAGCCCUAGGUAUUUCUAGCCCGAUAUCUGAGCGCCCCCGGAGCCCCGCUUUGUUUGCCAAGUAUGCCGGAGAGAAACGAGAUGAUUAA